GAUCGAGGCACGAUACUGACUGCUGUACAGCUCUGUACGCACGUUGAGUGUAGAGAGAGAUAUAUGCUAAACAAUAAUGUCUUGUUUUGAAGUUAAAUCAGCACUAAAACAAAGCUAACUCAUGCGAAAUCAGGUAAGUUUAAAAUCUCGUUUUUUAACUGAAAUUCUGGGAUUAUAUUUUCCUUAAAACUGAGCCCAUAUUUACUUUAUUCCGCACCAGAAGGUUUCCUCGUGUUAAUUGAUGGAUACAAUUUUUUAAAUUUCACUGCACGAGAGAUGCACUAAGAGUCCAGUUUUGCAUUCUGUGGUUCUUUCCUCGAAUUAAGCUGUUUUUUUGGUUUGCCAGGUUAAAUCGCCACUGAUUACGUCUAUACCUUUUUCAAACCCCAGCUGACUCAACAUUUCUGACCCAUUCAAACGGUGAUAUCCGUACGUGGUAAAAUCAAUAAAUGGCUUCUUAAUAUGAUCUAACCGCUUGAAUACGUUGAAUUCGCUCAUUUUCAAUAUUCAGUAGUUAAAGUUUGGUUCCUCCCGGCCCUAACGCCGAAUAAAGUAAACUGAACGAAGAAACUGAGUUUCCCAAAUUUUAGCUGCAGUGACAAGACCAAAUAAGAAAACGGCGCGGCUAUUCAAGGUAUCAUAUCCGCGACUCUCCGCAUUCUGUAUUCGCGGUUAAUUUAAUUCCUUUAUUUCCCGCCGUAAACGCGCGUGAUUCCAGAUAAAACUGUCUUUAGUUAGUUUCCCCUUAAAGAAAUUUUAAAAUCGUCUUUAUCCGUCAUAAUGUCCAGUUUUCGCUUGAAAAACUAGGCCGUCUAUUGGACUUGACGUACAAAUAAUGGAUGUUAAAGCAAGCGUUUCACUAUAAACGGUUCUAAAAAAUAGGAAAAUAAAUGUUCUUGCAAUGCUCACUGCUGUAUUUCGUAGGUAUCUUGGGUACAUUUGAUGUUAUUAUGUGAAGAACGGAGCAUUACUUUUAAUACUCAGAAACGGCUUCUUUUAAAUCACUUAAUUGAAGCUUAAAAGAUAUAGACGAAAUACGUGUCCAGUCUUAUUCAAUGUUGUAGCUGCAAGCAACGGAGAUUUCCAAGAAAUGAGAUGCAAAAUGUUUAAAAAAGUCUUUGCGACGACUGGUAAUAUUUGCUUGAACUUCUACGAGCAGCUGUAUUUCUGUUUUUUUAGUAGCUGACGAUUGUUUAUCUGCCCACGAUAAUGGUUCGCCCUAAAUUUCCAUGGACAUUUUACAUUGCACUUAUCUCGGUUAUGUUUUUCACCUAUACUCGCAAACUUGCCGUGCGUGUUUUUAUUCGCUGAAAGUGAAAAACAACUAUCAACUUUAUUGACCGGCGAUAAACUACCCGCCCCCAAGUCGGCAUUGGUUUUUGAAUGUUGAUAAACCUUAUGUUGUUUUGGCUCCACGGCUGAGAAAAGUGACAUAUUCAUUUUUUAUGCUAUUUUUAUGCUUUCAAUGAGCACAUGCUAUAGUGCCUUGUACUUGGAGAUUCAUCAAUAUGUCAACUGAUAUAACAUGCACUCAGAAACUGUGACAAAACGUGUUAUUCCAUUGUUUGACGCUUUUGCCUUUGUUUUUGGCUCUGACGUGGGAUCAUUCGCUAGUAAAAGAGGAUAAGUGGAACGUAGACCAAACUAAACAAAAAAGAUAUGCUAAUUGAUCAUUCCAUAUAGCGAUCGUUUUGUCUUUAUAUGCAUUAAUUGCACAAAAUAGACUUAUCAGCAGUUGUUGUAUUAUUCAACGCGGGUUUCCCACUUCCCUCUACCAUUUCCUCAUUAUUUCUAGAAAAAAAAACCUUGACAAAAACAUUUAUCACGCAUGUUCAGUGUGAUUGUAAACAAGCCGAACAAGAAUAACUUAAUUACGAUUGCUCCAAAAUCGCAUCAUUGAAGGCACUAAUUAAAACUCUUAAACCUGUGAUUAUAUGUGGAAAAGAAACUGUGAAGCAUUUCAACGAAAUGAAAUAAUAAUCUAGGCAUUUCAGCAGGAGAAGUGUCUUAAUGAAAAGGGCCCGCACUGUUACGCUCUUAAGAUGAUUAUUCAGACCACUUAGAAAUCUAACACGCCAACACGCGGCAUACGUUGUUUGGGCUUAAGAUCGAUGGAUUGAUUCAUAUUCAAAGUCAUUAUUUACAAACGACUGAGUCUAUAAAGACGGCGCCGCGCUCUUAACACGCGGAAUUUCGUAGUUGGAAUGAUCUUCAUCACAGUUCAUGACGGCAUUCACUAGAACAAGGCAGCUCCAUUCAGUCACACUGAUAACGUCCAUGUUUUGGUUCAUGCAUUCAUACUACCGCAGCUUACAUGUUUACAUUCUGAUAGCCUGUUAUAGGCAUCUAGAUAGGAGCGCGGCCAAAACAACAAAUACAGGAUAUACAGCGAGUUUCCUUUUUUUCAGUGCGCACAUGCAACUAUCUAAAAGCCUGGAACAGUCUAAUUUUGCUUUAACGAUCAUUUUAUGAAUAAGCCUUUUUUACAUUUCGACGGAGUUAUAAGAAGAAGAACAUACACAGACGUCAUAGUGACUUUUGCCGUAACAUGUAUUGUACAAAAUGUUAAGCACGCUGCAUAGAUUUCUUAUGUUUAUGCUCAGUGCUUCAAAUUUGUGAACAAAGCCAUAUGAAAUUUUCUUGAGUUAAAAGGUUACCUUAGUAACAGUUAAACCUAUCGAAAAAUCCCUCACUUAUUUUAUUUACACACGCUUCAGCUUAUAACUACGGCAACCUUUACUUGUGUCACGGCGUUUCACCGUAAACUUAGUAUAUCCUGAUUUUUCGAUUUUAGCAGGGGCACCCAACGACAAUUUUCGGAAAAUAUCUGUUCGGAAGACGAUUUGAUAUCUAGAAUUUUCGGAACAUUUGUUGAAAAAUUUCUUGCUUGCCUGCCUCUCCUAGCAUUUUCGAACAUCUAAAAAAUGGUAUAAUUGCCUAUUUUUAACGGAUUUUUACCCUAAAAAGGUCACCUAGAAUUUUCGGGAGCCUUUUUUCUGGCUGGAAUUUUCGAACAGGUAAGUUUUGAUCCCUAUCGGAUCAUUAGACUUUCAGCUAGGAAAUCCGAACAGAUGAAAAAUUUUUAGGGGAUAAAAAUAUGCCUAUAUCUACCGUUUAAAUACUAAAAUACGUUUAACAAUGCUAUGUUUAAGUGGUUUUGAACUAUAUUCUCGUUGGGUGCCCCUGUUUUAGCGCGAAAUUAUUUUAUCGCACGAGUCCCACAAACUCGUCAGCAAAACCUUAGACCGGAAAAUAACAAUGCAUUGGACAUUCUGUACUAUGUAUAUCAUGGAAGAAACAAAUAGAAAAAGUAAGGAAUUAUUCAUAAAAGACUUGCAAAUACUGAAAACUCCUCUUGGGGCACCCGUAGCCAAAGUUUAAUAUUUACUUUUAAAAUUUUUUGUUAAUUAUUGCCUGCGACGGUUGACUUUCCUUUUAAGACCAUGCGUUUUGCUUUCUAUGCCGCCUGGUUGGUCGGGCAAACACUGAAAAAAUUAAAAAGCAAUGAAAUAAUUAUGCGCAGGAGCCCGGAUAACAAGUAUUUGGCAUGUUUUCCAACUAAUUCAUUUUUUAUUGGCCCUGGACAAAAAUCAGCUUGGGAAUUUAUUUUACAGGUCAAAUUUGAUUUCAGGUUAAUUUUGAUUUAACCUAGGUUGAUUCUAAAUUUUCUUUGUUUCCUAGCCCUAAUUAUUCAUGAAUUAGAGAUAGGAAACAAAAGAAAUUGAGAAUCAACCUAGGUUAAAAAAAUUUAACCUGAAAUCAAAUUUGACUUGUAACAUAUACUUGGAAUCCGUGCAUACACUUAUGAAUGGCAAUUAAGAAAUUAAAGUUCAUACACCAUUUUCGACAUAUUAAAAUUCCUCCUUGGCUCCGAGGCUUGAGGGGAAUAAAACAAAAGAAAACACCUUGGGGCUGAGCAAUGAAUAAUGCAUUUCUUUUGUCUUAUAGAGUACUUAAGUGUGACAUCAUAAAAAUAAAAUUUCUAAAAUUAUGGGAUUUGUCAGGAUAUUCUGAAAGAACAAUGUCCAAGAGGCCUACUUGCAAAAAAUGAGCAUUUCGGGGCAAAUUUUCUCUGAGAUCGUAGCCCAGUUAUGCUUAGAAAACUCCACACAAACCCUUGUGAAUUUUUUUGGGGUCGAGCCUCGUAGCCAAGUAUGAAUUUUUAAAAUAUCGAAAAUGAUCUAUUAUAAUAUUUCUUUCGAUUCCUUUCAGUGAAAUUUCCUAUGUUUUCAUGGACAGAGAAUGUUGUGCAUUGGAUAAGUUCAAAAAGAAAUUCUUUACGAACUAGGCAUAUAAUAUCCUAAUUAAGGAAAAGCAGCAGAGUUUUAUAAAAAUCAAAUUGUCCUUUCAGUCCUUUGUCUUCUUUUAAAAAAUUGGAAUCUGUGAGAUGAUUGAACGAAUUCAGAACCUUUAAUAAUGUAGGUCUGUUAAUGCUUGCGCUAUAUUUUGGCUAAAAUGAUUUCAAAUCCAACCGAAAACCGUUUCCUGCGGAGAACCAGAAUACAUAGAGAAUACAUUGGGGCGCGGAGAGGUCAAAUUUAUUGUUGAGUGUUCAACUCGAAGCGCUCACUAGUGAGACUAAUCACGUCAAAUAGUCAAGACGUUAUCAAAAAGUACACUGUAAAAUGCAUUAUGAAAUUGAAACAAUCUAAAUCUUUCAAAACGGCUUAGUAUAAGGUAAAAGGAAACAGCUAUAAAGAGAUGAGCAAAAUUGUUCAAUAUAUGGGACAUAUGUGUUUUGAUACUAUAUGAGAUCACAUGUAUUCUGGUACGACAUUUCUCAGUGGCCGAAAUCCCAACAACUCACUAUCGUGUAUAUAACUAGUCAUGACAGUUAACACUACAGCUGCCCCCGCUCUGUAUAUUGUCGGUCAAUACCAUUUUUGCUCGUUGUGUAGCUCUUUGAAAUAUACCGAUUCAUAAGGAAGAUUAUCACACAUAUUCCAUACAAUAGGUGAGACAAAUAGAGGAAACGCAAGGUUCUAUGGACAGUUUCAGUUCGAUUUACACAGCUUUGAUCAAAACAUUCUCAGUUUCUAAACCAUAAGAAAAAAAUGAAUUAGAAGUUGAAUUUUUCGCUAUUUCUCUUUCACUUUUUACAUUCAGUUCAUUUUAUUUGCCGGAAAGGAAGCCUUCUAGAAAUUAAAAGGUCGUUUGAUCAAUUCACAUUUGCUCAAGUCAGCACAGAAUUUGAUUGUCGGCGAAUUUCUGUAAUCGUUCAUCGUUCUGCUAAUGAGAAGCUAGCUGUUGUUCUCUCGUCUUGCUUGUUUGGGGCUGAGUCUUAUUCCGGUCAAAGAGAGAGUAAGAGUGUCUGGCAAGGUUUCCAAUGAAAGUUUUGUGAACUCGUGUCUGGCAAACUCUCCAAGUGUUUAUAUAUACACAGUUAUACGCACCUUAUAACUUCUUCUGCGCUUAACAAGUGUCGUUAAAAUUUUGGUCCAUUAACUUUCAGAACUAGUGAAACAACUGCUCCACAGAAUGUCACUGAUAACACGUAACGCAAACGAGUGUCUAAGUGUGACUGCACAAUAAAUGUCACAAAAUCUACCUAAGCGGUCCCUUGGGGAUGUUCUGUCUUUACGUCAUCCUAACCAUUUCGUAUUUGUGGGCGCAAACAAUAGAAACGUCAUCAUUACCUACUGAUUCCUCGCGGCCCCUGUUCAAGCAAAUCGAGAUUUUUUCUAUAUUGACUGUAUUUCUGUAUAUUUCAACUGUAAGUACAUUCCUGCUACUAGAGUGCCUCCUCGGGAUUUCGCCUUCUGCGGGGGCAAUAAAGCCCUUUAUAGCAUAUCAUGUGUGGAUGUCAGUGUGAUAAAGCCUCGAACUGAUAUGAUAUCAAUUUGAUGGCAAUUACUGUGAAAUUCGAGAAAAUGUGACACAUCAUGACCAGAAAUUUUUCUGGAAUGUUAUUGUGUUGCAAGGGAAGAGCCAACCAGGCGUCAAAAAACUAAACCACAAGCAGCAACCGUAAGUAGUUUGAGGUUGGGUGGCUUGCUCGCAUGUCCUGAUCUUCCCUGUGAUUGGUCAUUACGCGAUAAACAGUCUUAAAAUAUUUUAGAUGUUUACGCUUUUUAUGAGUUUGAUAGUUAAAAUAUAGGGUAUCUGUUCACGUUUUGCAUUGUCCAAUAAAGGAACUCGUUAUAAACUGAAAUCAGUUAGACCAUUCAUACUCUCUGGUCGUUUUAUCUUUGUUGCCCAGUGAUUUCGUGAUGAAGAAAUUAAAUUUCUCCGGCUACUUCUUCAAAGCGGGAUGAAACCAAAAACACCAUUAAAAAAAAACAUGUUGACAGUAACAGCCAGUGACUGUUUCUGUGAAUGUCUGUUCGAAGUAGCAAAUCAAUGCCUAGAAAUUUCCAUACCACUACUCAAAGGCCAGUCUGUUCCCUUCACCUAAGAUGGGCGUUUUUCUGUCAACUUUCCCACGAUUUUCGGGAAUCUGGUUUCACAUUCCCCAGAGAUGAUUAUAUUAUUCAGUACGUAAGAAAGGAACUCUUGAAUUUUCGGUUUCAAAACUAGUGACGAAAAAAGGUAUAAAAGCGUCGCAGUUUAAAAAACUAUGAAUCAGGCAUCUAAGAUUAGAUUUUUCUGGAAAUAGAAAAUGAUAAGAAAACCUAGUCAGAAUUCGUUGGGACGUAUGCCGGAAUUUUAUAGCGACGCAAAAAGCCGUCCUUGGGUGCUCCUUUGUUGAAGGCUUUUCUCACACAGGUAUCAAGAGACUACCAAAAUGUUCUGGUUUGUUCAUUAUUAACGACAUAUAUAAUAUAAAUCUUUGGUUUUAUGGCUUUACUACUUUUCUUCCUUUUGAAUCCUGAGGAUAAAUGUUCUGCUUACGUCAAUAACACAAAGUGGCGAGGAAAAAGCUUUCUUUUUAAUUCAAAUAAACGGAUGAGUUCAUCGUUAAUAAUCAGUCAUUUCCUGGAUCACGAAGACUAAACAAGUGCCUUAGUCUUGCUGUACGUUCUACUUUAAUCCUGGUGAUGGGUUUAUCAUAAGACAAGUGAAACUUCCGAACGAGAGCUCGUGAGAACAAUACCGUGAAAGAUGGCUAAAUGGAUUCUUUACCCUGGCAAUAGCACAGUCGGUCUAUCAGUUAUAAAUUAUUAUAAAAGAUAAACAGAUGAUUUGACUUUUUUAAAAAAAGUACAUCGAACUGUUACGUUAUAAGUCAAAAUAGGUGCAUAAUGACACGGCGGAUUUAAAAUCGGGGAAGUUAAUUCCCUGCUAGUUCUAGUCUAGUUGAAAAUAUUCAUUUAAUAUUUGUAUUGAAAUGGAAAACAAGUUGGACUCUGAAUGACCAAUGAGGCAUUGUGGGCUAGCCGAGCUAACAAGGUAUUCGUAAAAAACUCAGCGGGAUAGUAAAACAAAAUAGUGGAUAUCUUCUCAUGACAGAAAUAUUGAUUAUGCAUUGGGUAAGUAAGUAAUCUUAAGGAAAUGACGUAUGCAUUACGUCAUUCCAAGAUUAUUGUUAGAGCUAGUCAGCAUGGUGCCUCAAGUCUAAGUAAGGCGUGAGCUAAAGCAACAAUGGAUAAUUGUUCGAAAUUUUUAACGAGAAAUCACCAAAAGCAAUGAAGCACUUGUGGAAACACAUUCGGUAAAGAAUAAAAAAACUGACGUAAUUGCUCAAGAAUAUUAUUUGAGACACUGAGAUAUAAACUGAACUGCAUUGUAACAAGGUAAUAAAAUUUCAAGAACUACGUCAAUUUUCAACACUCGAAGAGAAAUUUCGUAUCUCCGCGCGGCCAUGUAAUAUCCUCUAUAUCUCCCCAAUUCAAAUUUCUCAUUUUGCGGCCGACUUUUAAAUUAGCCCAUGGCGCCAAAUUAAAUUAAAGCAAAGGACAUGUGCGUACUCACUAAACACUGUUCGAUCCUUAUGUUUAUGAAUGCUUGUGACGUUAUUAAACAAAACCGUAAUUGAGAGAAGUUUUUGACGCCCGCACGUGGGUGAAGUGUUUUAAAAUCCGGUAUUGAAACUUCAACAACCGCACUGACCAAACAAACAUUUACUAACUGGGUUCCUCGGGGGACGACAUGAGCGCACCCGCGAAUCACAACUUUAAGGUAUUUGAAUACUCAUUGUCUAGUUUUGGCUCCUAAGAAACCUAAGAUAAAUUAGUUAAACUGGUGAUUUACAAAUAUUCAUAUUAUAAUGCUAACAUGGGGUUUUUAUGAGAUACAUAUCUUUUUUGUUCUUUUUCGAUUAAAAGUACAACUUAACACAAUGCAAGAUCUCAAAGAAAAAAAGGGUGAUAUCAGAUGAAGCUUUGGAGAGCAACGUUGUCCAGGAAAGUUCUAUGCAUUCACAUGAAAAUAGGCAGAGCGACGUAGUCACAGUUGCUGACUGUAGCAAACACCGAGUACAUAGUGACUGUCAAGAUGCUUUCAAAUUUAAAAUAUUUCAUCGAAUAAAUCUCAAUUUCUGACUUUCUUUUCCCGGACCACUUACAGGAAAUAAUUUUCUCCCCAAAAAUUUGUUUUUCAAAAAAAUUUGUUUUCAUAGUGAUUCUUAGGAAAAGAAAUUACAGAAAAUAACCACGAUAAGGAGGAUAUUAAAUCAGAUAAAUUUUUUUGUGAUGUUUUGUUCCAAAACUGCCAAAUCUGGCAUCUUAUUUCCCAAAGUUAAAGAGGUUACUAUAACCACGGUUGGGCAUUAAGAUACAUUUUUUUUUGCUAAGUGCGUGUUUUCGUGUGCAUUAAGAUACAUUUUUUGCUAAGUGCAUGUUUUCAAAGCUGGCAAUCUAAAACUUGCAAUUUAAGUUCGCAAUUUUUAAUAUGAGAAAGCUCUCUAAAAGCUCUCUAAAGAUCUUCGUGCUCUUAUACUCUUCACUUCAACUGAAAAUCUGACAGCUAAAAUUAAGAUUUUUGUGAAGAAAGAGGAAUAAAAAAAAUAGAAAGUGAAAAAGAAAAUUCAAAAUAAUUAGAAAGUGCCGGACGCGGGCGAGUGAAGUACCAGUCAUUAUCCACACUGGCUCCGCAGGCUGAUACAAUGUUUUCGAAGGUUGCUUUUUUUUUAAAUUAGAGCAAUUCUAUCGUGAAGGCGUGCGUAAUCUAUUAAAGCAGUAUAGAUGCUUGAGGUUUCGUUUGUUCUAAUCCGCGAUAAAACAAGAAAAAUAUAACACUUUCUUAUCUAACUGAGAAUUAAAUAUAAAAUGAAACAUACAUGUAAUUCAAAAAGCUUAAAUAAAAAGUGCACAUGAAAUAAAAAAAACAUCAAAGUUUAUUUAAGUUUUAAAAUUUACAUGAAAAUUCACAGAAAUUUAUCGACUGAACAGAUAGACUGUUAAAAUUAAGUUUACUAAAUAAUGGAUCCAGUUUCAUUUUUGGGAGUAAAAACCGUUUUGUAAUUUUCCUUAACAUAAAAAAAAAGAGAUUUAGAAACCUCGUGGACCCGAGAAAGGAAACGUUUGUCUGUUUGUUUCUUUACUUGUAAGUGCUCAUUUCCUUGGAGAAACGAAAUUUGCGGAUGUAGAUUACAGCAAAAAAUAAACAGCUGCAGCAAUUGUAAAAAUACCACGUGGGUUAGAGCAGAAAAUAAGACUCAUAUCUCAUUUGUCAAUGAGCUAAACACCGUCUAAAUUUUCGAUAAACUAUUAAACAAAAGCAGGAAUUUUAAUAGGUCAUAUACAUGUAUGAAUAAGUUAAGCCAUAUUGAGACGGCAGCUGUAAAUACAGUCUUGGCGAUUUAAUAAAUCUUGCACGUACAAGGUCAGUAUUUGCAUUCGUUUCUAGGAAACCUUUUAACUUACAUGUAGAAUUUCAUUUAUUUGUUUAGUCUCUGAAAACGUGCAGUUUGUCCCCGUUUAAUCAUCGUAAAGGUUCGUUGUCCUCCUUAUAAAAGUACGACGAAAUUCCCUGUUUUGAUAUUGAUAUCCAGGUUAUUAGACGUCUAUCACCUUGAUUGAAAGGAAAUUCAUUGAUAUCAAAAUGGUUAGGAGAAUGACGCUGCAAAAUGACGCACGUUUUCUGCUCCGUGUUGGUUCAAAGGCCGGUAAUUGUGACACUAAUCUUUAGACAGUACAACAAGCGUCAAUUAAUCCAAAGAGAAAUUUCUUAUUCAUAUUCAUUUUUAAACUUUUAUUUACAUUCAAAAUCAAUUUCAAAUUUAAUCGUCCACCGAAAGACAAUCUCCCGUCAUUACUCACUGGAACAAAUUGUUUUGCCUCAUUGUUCAGUGCAAGCCUUCUUUUUUCUUGUUAGUAUGAAAAUGAAAAUUUCUUUCUUUCUUUUUUUGUCACUUAUUAACACUUUUGCACUGUUUUUCUCCCAUAGAUUGCAGAAAAUUUGACAAACAUUUCUGCGGAUAUUAUUUCAAGGUUGAAUGACACAAGUAUGCAAGAACCCCUCUGGUAUACUGUACUGGCCUGGCUUUUCACUAUUUUAGGUUUUGUUGGUAACAGCUUCGUUAUCUUGUUAAUUUCUUCGAAGAAAAAACUCAUUCGCCGAAAAACAAACUGGUUUCUUCUUUCACUGUGUUUUGCUGAUCUUGGAGUCAGUCUAAGCAUGUAUCCUGCCAUGACUCUUUGCCACCCAAGCAAGCAUUGUCGUUUUGUUUUGCUCGCGAGCUUUCAGUGGGCUUUCCUGUACUCUUCGGUGAUAAACCUGUGUUUGCUAACAGUGGACCGAUACAUUGCAAUAGUGAAACCGUUCAUGUAUGUGCUGUUAAUGUCGACUUUUCGUGCCGUGGCCUUCAUUUGUGCUGCCUGGCUUAUUCCUUUCACACUCAGUUUCCUUCCCUUUACGUUCUUGUACAGCCAACAGGGAAUCACUGCAAUGAAGGGCUACUCUUACCUCAUGAUUGUGGGGUUUGAAUUUAUUCCCACGCUCACUCUGCUCUUGGUGACAUCUCAUCUUAUCUUCAUCGCCAGAAAACACGCUCGCGAGACGGCGUCGGUGAUGGCUCAGUUACGGUACAAUCAACCAAUGACGGAGAGCAAUAACGUCGCAACCUUGCGGCAUGACAACAGAAGACGAUCUUCAGUAAUUUUCAUCGUGUCGAUUGUGGUCUUCUUCAUCUUUUGCUAUUCGGCAACGAUCGCUCGAACCUGCUGUGAUAUCUUUACCCUUUGUAGCUAUACGCCUGCAUUUUACAGGGCGAGCCAGCUACUCCAGAUUGCAAACUCCGCAUUCAAUCCGCUCGCGUACGGAUUUCUGAAACUUGACAUCAAAGCAGAAGUCAAAAAACUCCUUCGUAUUGCCACUGACGAUGACCGGUCGUCCAUGCAGUUGGAACAGAGAUAAGCCACAUCUCUGGCACUAAGUGAGAAGAUAGCACAAAAAAGCGAGCUCUGCUUGGCUAGUUCAGGAUGUCACACCAGGUUGUGCCUCAAAACUGAAAGAGUGGUCUUUUUUCAUCAUAUUUGUUUUGUAGAAAAUCUCAAAGCAAAAUACAACCAAAUGUAAUAAGUCUGGAAUUAAAAAAAAAGAUGACUUAAACAUCCCCUGAGCCUAGAAACGCCUUCACAGAGCCUCGAGAGGUGGGCGUCAGUGCUCUUCCUAAAAUAAAACUAUAAUUACGGGGAUUUAGAUGCCAACAAAAAGGGAUCCCUUUUUCAGGCUUCAGGCAGUUUUAAGGGAAGGGAUUUCGGGAUUUAAAGUACAUGAAAUGGUAGGCAAAUCUUUCACUUCUAUUUCUCAAAGGGUGUUAUGUCUGAGUCUGUUUAAGAUUUAUUUAUUAGACCAGCCACCCAAGCAGUGGAAUGCAGUGUUACUUACUAUGUAUAUAUGUAUAAGAAAAGGGGUACCAUUUUUCAUGGGAGGCUAUACGAAAGGAAUACCUGUUCGUUUAAAAAAGAUAUGGUAAAAGGGGGUCAUUGGGCCUCUGGGCGGGGCCUCUCCGAGUAAAUAGGGAGCUUUAGCAUCGACGACUUUAACUGCAGCGAAAACGUCAGUUUUAAAACGAGUUCCCGUUUUUUCAAUCUUUGUCGUAUUUAUUCCAAUUUGCUGAAAAUGGCAAGUGUAGGCGAAUUUCCCUAGAGUUGAUUUCUUUAGGACCGCACUCACGUUUAGAGAGAGAAAAAGAGAUUCGUCGUCCCUUGUUUACGUCCUCCAUAAAACAUGCAAUUAGGCAUUUUCACGUCGUAGUCGUGCAAGGACGGUAAAGAAAUGUACAAAAAAGCGUGAUGCACGUGCAAAGUUGUUGUUUUGCGUAAUAAACCUAUUGCUUUUUUGACGUCCUCUUUGCCGUCGCCGUCGUCGUUGCUAAAGCUCCCUAUUCUUUGUCGAGUACCCACCACCAAGGCCGGGAGAUGGGGUACAUCUUACAUUCCCAAGGUACCACUUCUUGAAUCAAACCCAGUUGCAUAGGGAGCCGGAGUGUCUGAGUUAAGCCCAAAACGAAAAAAUAAGGAAAAUAAGGUAAAGCUUAUUUCAUGGUCAAUAUAAUAAUAUAUUUAUAAUAAUUUAUAAUAAUUCAAAAUGCAUCAGUAAUAAAAGCAUGAUACGUCCAAAGU